GCAGCCGCAGGGAGCAGAGCGAGGGACGCGCUGCCGGCCGGGGAUGCCAGUGACACGCAAGCCACCGCCCGGCGGGGAGGAGUGGCCCAGUCCCCCCCUGCCUGACAGUGUAUCGGGUGUUCAGAGCCAGGAAGAGACGGGGGCGGGGUGGGCGAGCGGGCCCUGCCGGCCUCGCAAAUCAAGGGCUCUCCCCGCCCGAGCCGCCCGGCGCUGCAGUCCGCUGCGCUUCAAUCAUUAACCGGCGGGGGAGGCGUGCGCGGAACCGGAGCAGCGCAUCGCUGCCCGGGGGGGCCACGCCGGGCACGGCUCGGUCUCCUCCAGCGGCAGGGGCUGAACUACCGCGAGGCUGGGUGGGCUCCUCUGCAGGAGGAGCUGCCGCCGCGCGUUGGCUGGGGCGAUGCCGCUGCUGCAAUGAGUGAUGCUGGCGGGGGGAGGCGGGGGAGCAGCACAAAUCCGCUGCAAUUCCUCCUCCGGCGGCAGCCAGCAAAGCGGCUCUUCCUGCACCGGUCCUGCUCCGGCUGGGCGGCUGCGGCUCCGGGGCCUCCCCCCACCGCCGCCCCUGCAGAGGCGCUGCCGGCCGAGGGGCCACCAUGCCCGGAGGCCGGGCAGCGAAGGACCAGGCGCUUCCCCCACCCUCCUCCGCCCCCCUGCUGCGCUGGGACGAGGUGCCCGAUGACUUCGUGGAGUGCUUCAUCCUGUCGGGCUACCGGCGGCUGCACUGCAGCGCCCAGGAGUGCCUGGCCUCCGUGCUGCAGCCCACCAACGAGACGCUCAACUUCUGGACCCACUUCAUCCCCCUGCUCCUCUUCCUGAACAAGUUCUGCCGCCUCUUCUUCCUGAGCGGCGCCGGCGAGCUGCCCUUCCACCACCCUUUCCUGCUGCCCCUCUGGUGCUACGCCUCGGGCGUCCUGCUCACGUUUGCCAUGAGCUGCACGGCCCAUGUGUUCAGCUGCCUCUCGCUGCGCCUGCGCGCCGCCUUCUUCUACCUGGACUACGCCUCCAUCAGCUACUACGGCUUCGCCAGCACCGUGGCUUACUCCUACUACCUGCUGCCCGGCCUGCGCCUGCUGGACGCGCGGGCCCUGAGCCGCUACCUGCAGCAGCGCCUGGGCUGGCAGCUGGACUGCAGCCUCCCCAUCGCCCUCUACAGCGCGCUGGUGCUGCCGGUGGCCUUUGUGCUGGCGGUCACCUGCACCGUGGCUUGCUGCAAGAGCCGCUCCGACUGGUGCGCCUACCCCUUCGCCAUCCGGACCUUCGUCUUCGCCAUGCCCCUCAGCAUGGCCUGCCCCAUCAUGCUGGAGAGCUUCCUCUUCGACCUGCGGGGCCACAACCCCACCCUCUUCGUCUACUUCUACAGGCGCUACUUCUGGCUCCUGGUGGCGGCUUUCUUCAACAUCAGCAAGAUCCCGGAGAGGAUCCAGCCGGGGCUGUUCGACAUCAUCGGGCACAGCCACCAGCUCUUCCACAUCUUCACCUUCCUCAGCAUCUAUGACCAGAUGUACUAUAUAGAGGAAGGGCUGCUGCAAUUCCUCCAAUCCCCCCCUGCCUCCCCAACCUUCCUAGGCACCAUCGGAUACAUGCUGCUCUUAAUACUUUGCCUGGGAAUGGUCAUACGGAAAUUUUUGAACGUUGCAGAUCUCUGCAAACAGAAGUAGGCAGCCAGGUAUAUUUUUUCCUAUAGUGAUUCUUGUUCUUGUUCUUUUUAGAGGAUGCUGCAAAAAUUUAGGUGAAAAAAAUCUACAAAGGAGCCUGAUACCUUUCUGUUGAAAGUGACAAGAGGAAACAACCAAUCACUGAACUGCUAGAAUACUAUUAUUCUUAAAAUGACUAGUUUCCCAAGGGAAGCAAUCAAGCACUAUUGUUUAAACUACUCUUACAUUGUUGUUUAGGACACAAGGUGAAACCACUUAGCACUAUUGUUCAAUCUGCUAGAAAAAAAAUUGCAUGAACUGUGAAGGCCCUUUUACUAACUCUAGACUGUUUAGAAGAGUAUUGAAAUCAGCAAUAUGUAUACCGGCAGUUCGGGCACCGUGGUUAUAUCCACAGAUUUUUAAUCAAAAUUCCCUGUGUGGAAUUCCCUGGCAGAUUAUGCACAGAAGUUAUUCUUCUGUGCUACUACAAUAGUCUUUUGAGGUCACAUGCACUGGAACUGGAUUUGAAAUGCAAACUAGCUGACAGCUAUUGAUGAUUCCCCCCUCCCCCAGUGUUACAGCUUCUGUAGCAACCAAGCUAUAGUUAAGAUUUUAGAGAGCGAGGUAAAACAACUGCAAACUGUUAUGGAGCUAUAAUUUGAUCAAGAGAUUUUGGUGAGACUGUGUGAUUGAAGCGUGAAUGGUUGGCAUAGUAUCUCAAGUCAAAGUAGAAAUACAGGAUCAUAUUCUUAGCUGCACAUUUCCAUUGAAGCCAGUAGAUCAGAAGAGGAUCAUACCCACAAAACCAAAACCUAGUUCCCUGCAUUGAAUACAGUAGGAGUUUUGUGAAGGUAAGGAGAGCAUGAUUUUGCCCAAAGACCCUAAUUAAGAUCUGAUUUAUUUUUUAAAGCUAUGAAAUAUAGUGACCUAAUUUCUGCUUCCCCUCUUCUGCUGUUCAGGUAAUUAGGGCCAGAUUCUGUCAUCCUUGACUACUUGUAGAAUGAGAUACUACUGAAUAUGCAUAGAACUACUGAACAUGUUCUAGGAGGCAGAAUCUGGCUCUAGAUAAAUAGUAUUAUAUUUUGACAUCCUUUAAUCCAAUUUACCUCUGCAGCACCUGGACAUUUUAAAGCCCUACCUAAGUGGCUGUG